AUGGUGCCUGCCCCUCGGGAGACCAAUUCUUCUACUGCUUAUGCCUGGCCUCCACCAGUUCAUGCUCCGACAGGUCCUCCACCACCAAUGCAAGCGCCUGCCCUCGUCGCAGAUCAUGCCCUGGGCGCCCGGCCUCCCCCCCCUGCCCCAUACGCGCCCCUUCAACCUCAACGACCAUCAUAUAGCGACUGGGGACGACCUGCGAGCCAGCAAGGUUCGCCUCCUCGACACAUCAAUGGGGGACCCCCAAUCCACAAUGCACCGCCGAUAUCCACACUAUCUUCGUUGCGACCACCUCCAGUUGUAGGACCAGGGCCUCCGCUUGGAUCUUCACCACCUGCACCACCGCCAGCAAACCAUCAUAGUGGUCCCGCGUCGCAGCCUUAUACCAACGGACUCCCUCCAUCACCUCGACGAUUGAAUGGACCAGCGCCACCACCUCGUUAUACUCAUCCGUAUCAAACCCACGGACACAACGCUCCUCCGCCCCCUCCUCCUGCGUCGCACUUACCACCACCAACCCUGACGAAUGGGGCACCACCGCCUCCGUCGCGACACGAUGGUUUCUCUCAUGAACUUCACCCGCAGAGGCCGACUUAUCCUGCUCCCCACGGAAGCCCAACAGGCCCUCGAAAUGGGCCACAGCCUCCAUCGAGUCGCCCGGCGAGUGGAGCAAGUGCCAGUCCCUCGCUACGAAAUCUCCUUUCUUGA